AUGUCCAGCUCCCAACGGGCCAGCAUCUCUCCGGGCAGAACUACGGCCGCGCAGAGGGACACCGGCACUCAAAUCCCGCCAUUCCAGCCAGACCUCACCUCCCUCCCUCCCUCUGUUCCCCGCUCGCAGCAGCCCUCCAUGAUCGGGCCCCCUCCGUCCUUUUACGACCCAAACCAAGCUAUCGUCCCGGAGGGAACCGACUACAGGCAGUGGGUCAUGGAGAACUAUGGCACCGGUGGCCAGCAGCAAGGCCAACAGCCACAGCAACAGUUCUAUGGGCACACGGGCAUGGCUGGUAACGUCCCCUUCCAGUCCCAACUACCCCAUGCCUCCCCCACGAACAAUCAGUACACCUUUGUUACGCCCGACUUCCCCUCCGAACCCUUCGAACCGCACCACCGUCCCCAACGCGGCCUUCCUCGCGGCCGCCAGAGUGGCGAAGGGGUGUACUCCCAUGGACAUAUCCCCAAUAACGGCGCCGGCCCCUUCUCCCAUCCGCAGCCGUCCCCGUCAGGCCAGUAUCCGCUUCCUUCCCCCAGCUCCAGCGAGUACUACCUGGACAACCCAACACGACCAGGCCACGAACAGCAGUACAACUUCGUCCCUGGCUUCAAUUCGACCGACCAAUUCCCUCCAGGAUCACAGUUCACCCCCAAUUCCGACCUGACGCCACUCUCCUCUGUCUCAACCCCAUCGGUGGGUGGUACCGACGACAGUCCCGCUCGCGCUUAUCCCAUGGCGUCUCAGCACUCCGUACCUGUUCAGCAACGGCCUCCCCCUUCAGGCUCUCGUCGUGCCCCCGCGGCAGGAGCACGGAAGAACACAGGUCGCUCGAAACGCCCUCGACGUCAACAGGAGGUCUCGCAGGAUGAGGACAGCGAUACGCAGAGCGACGACGACCUCGGGUACACUACCGUGAAUGUGCCACCAUCGCAAGGGCAGAGCUCACUUCCCGCCCGGCUGUAA